AUUUCUUCUGCAUCUCCCCUUUGGAGGGAGGGGGGACUGGGCUGGGGGAGAGUAAUUGUUGAUGAAGUGACGUCAGCUGGCUUGGUUCCUACUUGAAUUGCUGGGGGAGAGGCAAAAGCAGCCAGCACCCAGGGCCAGCCAGGUCGUACCCCACCCCCCUCCCCUCUCUCAGCUGUGUGUGUGUGUGUGUUGGGGGAGAGGGACGCCCCAGCUGCUGCCAUCUGGAAUGCCUCCUUCCAAGGAGCCGCAGGGCUGGAGACGCUGGUCGGGGCUCCUGAAAGUCCCGAGCUGCUCGCGCCUAUGCAGGAAUGGUACCUCCCAGAACUGCCCAGAGCCCCCACCCCUGCAUCUGACAGUGCCUGAUAAUCCCCUUCCCUUCACUCAGUUGCUGCAAUAGGAUUAGAGGCAGCCGGGCCAGUGAGGGAAGUGCGUCACAGGCUCUUUGGAAAUUGAGGAAUGCGAUUCUGCCACCAUGAUGGAAGGAUUGAAAAAACGUACAAGGAAGGCCUUUGGAAUACGGAAGAAAGAAAAGGACACUGAUUCCACAGGCUCGCCAGAUAGGGAUGGAAUCCAGGGGAAAAAAAAGGCCCAGAAGACCCAACUUCUCCUCAGUCCUUGCUUCUGGCUCAGAGCCCUCUCCUUAACUCUGUUUCAGCAUCCCAGCCCACAUGAACCACCCUACAAUAGCAAAGCAGAGUACGCACGCGAAGGAGGAAAAAAAGUAUCGAAGAAAAGCAAUGGCGCCCCGAAUGGAUUUUAUGCAGAGAUUGACUGGGAAAGAUAUAAUUCUCCUGAGCUGGAUGAAGAAGGUUACAGCAUCAGACCGGAGGAACCUGGCUCUACCAAAGGAAAGCACUUUUAUUCUUCAAGUGAAUCGGAAGAGGAAGAAGAAUCACACAAGAAGUUUAAUAUUAAAAUAAAACCUUUGCAAUCUAAAGACGCCCUUAAGAGUGCAGCCACUGUUGAUGAACUGAAGGCAUCGAUAGGCAACAUUGCACUUUCUCCAUCACCAGUGAGGAAAAGUCCGAGGCGCAGCCCGGGUGCAAUUAAAAGGAACUUAUCCAGUGAAGAGGUAGCAAGACCCAGACGCUCAACACCCACACCAGAGCUUGUAAGCAAAAAACCUCCAGAUGACCCCGUGUCCCUGGCCCCGCUGUUUGGCCCUCCACUGGAAUCGGCGUUUGACGAGCAGAAAUCUGAAGUUCCUUUAGAUCAGCCUGAGAUAUGGGGUUCUGUCCAACCAAUGAAUCCAAGCCUCGAAUCUCCAAAGUUAACAAGACCUUUUCCCACUGGAACACCUCCACCUUUGCCUCCUAAAAAUGUACCAGCGACCCCGCCCCGCACUGGCUCUCCUUUAACAGUGGGACCAGGCAGUGAGCAGACCACACCCGAGGUCAAAGGUGACAAACUACCAUCCAUCAGUGACUUGGACAGCAUUUUUGGCCCAGUUUUGUCCCCCAAGUCUGUGGUCGUUAACACGGAAGAAAAGUGGGUCAAUUUUUCUGAUGCAUCCCCGGAACGGGUCACUCCAGAGUUGACUUCAAGGGAAAAGGUGGGCUCCCCACCACUGGCGUCAGAAAACCCAGCUGACUCCCCAGCUGUUGACCCUCCACGCAGCAUUCCAUCACCUCUUGAUUUAGAAGAGGUUCAGAAGAAGUUUUCUGAGCAGACCCUCGGGAAAGAGGAUAACUUAGAAACAGUCGCAUCUCCUAAAGAUUUUGGGUUGGGCCAGAGAGCCACUCCACCUCCCCCUCCGCCACCCACCUACCGGACCGUGGUAUCGUCACCCGGACCCAGCUCAGGCAGUGGGAUGGGAACCGCCAGCGGAGCAUCAUCCCCGGCCCGGCCUGCCACCCCAUCGGCCCACGGCAGCAGCGGGACCACACCACCGCCUCCUCCUCCUCGGCCUCCAUCUAGGCCCAAGCUGCCUCCCGGGAAGCCCGGGGUGGGAGACGUGUCCAGACCUUUUAGCCCUCCCAUACAUUCCUCGAGCCCUCCUCCAAUCGCGCCCCUUGCCCGGGCAGAGAGCACAUCAUCAAUAUCGUCCACCAACUCCCUGAGUGCAGCUACGACACCUACUGUUGAAGAUGAUGUUUUUAAUGGGAGGCUCCCUUCGUUUGAAAGGCACGGUGAAACGCCUGAAGAGAAUGACCAGCCUUCCCUCGUUUGGUUUGACAGAGGAAAGUUUUAUUUGACUUUUGAAGGCUCUUCUCGGGGACCCAGCCCUCUGACAAUGGGAGCUCAGGACACCCUCCCUGUGGCAGCAGCAUUCACAGAAACGGUCAAUGCCUAUUUCAAAGGAGCAGACCCCAGCAAGUGUAUAGUGAAGAUCACUGGAGAGAUGGUGCUGUCGUUCCCUGCAGGCAUCACCAGACACUUUGCCAACAACCCCUCCCCAGCCACCCUGACCUUCCGAGUGGUGAAUUUCAACAGGUUAGAACACGUCCUGCCAAACCCCCAACUUCUCUGCUGCGAUGAUGCACAAUGUGAUGCCAACACCAAGGAAUUCUGGGUAAACAUGCCAAAUCUGAUGACUCACCUAAAGAAAGUGUCUGAGCAAAAACCACAGGCAACUUAUUAUAAUGUGGACAUGCUCAAAUAUCAGGUGUCUGCCCAGGGUAUUCAGUCCACUCCACUGAACUUGGCAGUGAACUGGAGAUGUGACCCAGUGAGCACUGACCUACGCAUCGACUACAAGUACAACACGGACGCAAUGACCACCCCAGUCGCCCUCAACAAUGUCCAGUUCCUUGUCCCUAUUGAUGGUGGAGUCACCAAACUUCAAGCGGUGCUGCCCCCUGCUGUUUGGAAUGCUGAACAGCAAAGAAUACUGUGGAAAAUCCCCGACAUUUCUCAAAAAUCAGAAAAUGGAGGGGUGGGAUCUUUGCUGGCGAGAUUCCAGUUAUCCGAAGGCCCGAGCAAACCUUCUCCAUUGGUUGUGCAGUUUACCAGUGAGGGGAGCACCCUCUCUGGCUGUGACAUCGAGCUGGUGGGAGCAGGGUACCGGUUUUCCCUCAUUAAAAAAAGGUUUGCAGCAGGCAAAUACCUGGCAGAUAACUAAUAGAACCUUAUGCAAGCAUAUGGAGAACCCAUAUCACGGAGGACUGUGGAACAUGGAACAGGUUUUUGUUUGGGGGGUUUUCAUGAAAACAAAGUAAAACCUGCGCUGGGGACAUUUCUGCUGGAAGUGUCCAUUACUUUCAGCGACUUUUCUCCCUCCGUGGACAACACCAUGUUGAGACCAGUCCCACAGUAUUUACUUCUAGGUGUAACAUUGUUAAUGGUUUUAAAAUGUAAUUAUUGUAUUUGUAAAUUGUACUCAUUCCCGUAAGACUGUAUUUCAGGCGGUUAGACAAACUUGAGUUUUAGCAUUUGACCAUUCAUGAAAUGGGUGUAAUUUAAACUAUGGUAUAUAAAUUUACUAGUAGUCCUGUUGAUUGGCACAAGGCUUACAGAAAUAGGUUGCAUUUUUGUCGAUAUAUAAAGUUUAAAUCCAAUACUGGCAGCGGCUUUCAAAGGGGGUGCCUCAUGCAAAGAAGGGUUCACAGACCCAAGAUAAGGCUUUCCUUUUCUCUUCCAGUCCUUAUGAUGUCUGAUUCUAUAGUGUGAUUAAAAGUUCUACCUUCUGACAUUUAGUGGGGUUCAAUUGAAAAGUAUUUCAGUAAAUUCUAAGGUUACAACAUAUUUAAAGAAGGCAAGAUGUACCACUUUUUAACCGCUUUUUUUUCAAACUGCAAAUUUCAUAAAAAUGCACGCCAUAUAAACAGGGCCUCUUAUUUUUAUAAUAUGUAAAAAAGGGGAUAUUUAAAGUUAAAAUUAUGAAACUAUGGUUAUGAUUCCAGAGAAUGCUGGGAUCGGAGCCCUUUCCCUACACUUGCCACCUCUCCCUCAAACUGGGCAAAUAUUGUGAUUUUAAGAUGAUGAGAAUUUCUUGAAAUCUUUAUUAAGAAUAGCUACUUGACUGUGGAUGUAACUGUUUCUGAAACUCUGCAGGCUUAAGUAACCUGCAUCGUCUGUCCUCCCCCCCUACCUGGAUGCUUCUGGUCUUUGAGUGACUUCUGAAGUCCCUUGAAUCCAUUUGAUGGGAGAAUGUUGAUUUUCAGCUUGAAAGUCUUGGGGAAUGGGGAGACUAAGUUAGGCUGUAUGGUUAAAGUUCUCUGAAAUAAAUGUCCUCUCCGAUGAACAAAAUGUUCUUUAAAAAUCUGAAUUACUAGAAACUAGAAAUUUUGGCCAUUCCUUUAGAACCAAUAAGAUGGGUACAAUCCACAGCUCCUACCAUUGACCUCCAUUGCCAUGAGGCAGAAGGGGGGUGGGAAAUGCCGUCCUCUAGUCCUGACCAGCAAAAUUCAGGUUCCCAUAGGAGAAAUACUUCUUAGGGUACACUCCCCUAGAACUAUUGUCCAGUCUUUCUAUGGAAGAACCUGUCCUCCAACCCCCUGGCACACCACCCAGUUAGCAUUUAGGUACUUUUUUGGGGGGAGGGGGGAACUGUAUAUGUUAGUUCAUUGGUGAAAGGUAUUCCCCAUGUGGAGAUUCCCUUCACAGAUACAACUGCUCAGAAAUUCCUCAUUCUUAGGCUUUACCUGGGCACUGAGAGUUUAAUAAGGUCAUGUGUCAAAGGAAGACUUAAACUAAGAUUAUUCUGACUCCAAGGCCAGCCUUCUAGCCAAUAGAUUACACUGCCUCUCUUGGAUAAAUACAUAUACAUAUAUACAUAUGUAUGUGUGUAUAGACAUAUAGAUAUACAUAAUUUUAACCAGAUGUGAUUUCAUCAAACAAGCAGUAAAGACAUUCCCUCCACCAGAGCACAUCUGUACCUGCUCUGAAAUUUCCCAUCUGAAAGAGUUGCCUGAGAUUCUGAGAAGUUAAGGGACUUCCCCAGGGCCACACAGGCAGGACGAGUCAGGAGCCCGAACCUCGGUCUUCCUGCCUCUGAGUCCUGUCCUCUAUCCAGCAUACUUGUCUUCGAUACCCUUACCCCCUCCUUGCCCGCCUUAAAGUUACAGGAGUCCUGUUCUGACACAGUUUCCUGCCUAGUCUCAUUUUAAAGUAACUCAUUAUCAUGCCCAUAAAUUAGUUUGUCUGUUUGUUUUACCAUUCAUCACAGUAAUCUUUGGCACCUACACACCUGGGGGCCAGGGGUUAAAGUCUAUUAAGAAGACCCUCCAUAACCUCAAACUACAAUACGGAAAAUGUUUGCAUGGUGUGUGUUUGUACACGUAGGCUUUGAUGAGUGUUUACAUGAACAUGGGGACAAUGGGUUUCGAUAGGGAAGGAUCACUGCCACCCUACUCGUCAUUGUCCAGAGGGUUAAUUAUCUGUAAUGAUGUACUCAAGACGCUAGAGUUACUUGGGGGCCCCUUGUCCACUUUGACAAAUUGAAUCCUCAUGGAUUUAAGGAGCUCAGAGAUACUAGGGAACCCCAAACGUGGGAAUGGAAAGAUUGAAACCAGUCAGAGACAAAAGUGAGAAAAUGAGAUAUCUGGGAGGAACGGAACUAUUCAAAGUGUCUAGAAUAAAGCCCUCCAUGAAAGGCAGCUGACUGAAAGCAUAUGUGUAAAUAUUUCUUUCUGGUUCUCACGUCUUACUCUUUAUAGUUUAUUUUACACAGCUCUGGAGUUAAUUAAGUCAUAUACACAUAUGGCAGCUCUUCAAAAGGAUGCCGUCUUUUGUUGAUAUUGUAAAAAUGUAAUUUUUUAAAAAUAUCUGACAAGGAUCCUUAAUGUGAUUCAGACAUCUCUAGUUAUGAAAUUUUAAAGAAUUAAUAUUGCCUACAAUCCCUGAACCAGAGAAGGGGAGUCAUAGGCUUCUAAAUACAUUAAAACUGCAUUUAAUUAGACAAACCCUCCUCUCCCACCUUUCCUUCCUUGAUUCUUUCUUUAUUCUUUGCUCCCUCCCUCUUUUCUUCUUUGCUCCCUGCCUCCUUCCUUCCUUUCUUCCUUCCUUCCCUCCUUCCUUCCUCCUUCCCUUUG